AGUGCAUUUACCAGCUUUAUUUGUUAGUUUACUAUCACUCAUCGCUGUCGUCCUUGGUCCACGCAAUCUUGGCCUUUACGUUAGAAUGUUAUUUGGUUGGUUAUUUGGAAGUGCAUAUAAUGAUGUACAACCCAUUGAUAAGAGUAAUAGAAGAUCUAGAGUAUCAGACAAGUUUACCCCACAUAGCAACUAUCCUGGUUUACGCAACUCCAGCGGCGUACAUUGCUUCCUCAACUCUACAAUACAGUCCCUCGCUUCACUUGACAGUCUUGAAUCUUUCUUAGAGGAGUUGCUUAUUGAAAGCGAUAAGCUUGAUAUCUACCUGCCAUUAUCGGAAGCUCUAUGGGAUACCAUACAAGCUCUCAACAACCCUUCAGCUAACAGAGCCGUUCAUACCAACACAGCAGUCAUAAAUGCAUUCUCGCUGAGCAACACAUCUAAUACCACUCAUAUGUCACCUUCAAAACGUGCACUUUCACUUAUACAAUCUGGACAGCAGGACGCUCAAGAGAUGUUCCAGUGUAUUUCCUCAAUGCUAGCACACGAGGAGAGCCUUAUAAAAUCUGCUAAAAGUUCAGUUGGAGGUUUGGGAUCUAUUUCAACCCCUAUGAACACCACUUUACACAAAAAUUCAUUUCCUCUGGCUGGUCUCACGGCCAGUAGACUCGCUGAUUUGGGUUGUGGUUACGUCGAAGCAAUACGGAAUAUUCCUUUUGAUGCACUCUCACUUAAUCUUCCAAUGCAGACAUCAUGUAAUGUCGAGCAAUUGCUAACGGAGUAUACAGCUAUGGAGACAAUAGAAGACGCGUCUUGCAGAAAAUGCUCCCUUGAGGCCACUCUUGUCAGACUGCGAAAGGAGGUUGAGCGACUCAUGCCCGCAGAUCCUAAUUCCGUUUCAGGCUCUCGUCGCAGAAAGAUAAAGGAAGCUGCAAAGUACGAAAGACGGCUAUCAUCAUUAUUAAGCGAGGAUGGUGACCUUCAAGAAGAUGCGCGAUUGAAAGACAUAAGAAUUGAUAGAUCAGGUGGUGGUUCGACGAAACAGCUUCUGAUUGCAAGGCCACCACAAAUACUAGGUCUGCAUAUCAACCGCUCAGCAUACUUGGGUAAUGGAAUGGCUGUCAAAAACCCUUGCAAGAUUGUUUUUGGAGAGCUCCUUGAUAUAACUUCCGUAACGACUACAGGUACAUUAGAGACAUCGCCGCGUAAGCCUAUAUCAUCAGCCAGCAAGGAUAUGUUGGAUAACCUCACCAAAAAUGGAACACUCCCUAAUCGCAUUCUCUAUACUCUUAAAUCCAUUGUGGUACACUAUGGCUCCCACUAUUCUGGUCACUACGUGACCUACCGCAAAAUAAGCUCAGAUGAUGACGAUGACUGGUUACGCACAAGUGAUUCUAGCGUCGAAAAAGUUACCUUAAAGCACGUAUUACAUGAGAAUCCCUUCAUGAUCUUCUACGAGCGGGUGGACAACGCCAGCUCUGACGUUGAUGACAACAUCCUUAACAGUUCACACAUACUUUCCAGCUAUUCGUUGCAUAAUUGAUUUGUACAUUUUGCAUUAGAAAUUAUCAAAACAGUAGAUAUAAAUAGUUUUUGCUGACAUGUGAC